UAUAUUAUUAGCUAUUCUGAAGUUUUUCAUACGUUUUUCACAACUGAGUGAGAAAACAUUUGAGAGAAAACUAUGCGCGUGCGGGAUGAAUCAUCAUGCAAAUUAUGCAGCUGACUGGAAGAUGACGAUCACCCCAUUACUUGUUUAAUCACAUUAGCAGAAGUUUCUUUGUGUGUGUGUAUGUCAAUGUACAAUAGAAUUAGUUGAUUUAAUCGAAUUUUUACAUUGCAUCGAAUAGAACAGGAAAAAGGAACGACUUUGUUGCGUCUGAAAGUGUAUUGGUCGUGUGCUGGACUUACGAGCCUAGGGCUUUCUACCUGAAGGACACGUUAAUAAACGAGAUUAGAUAUGUCGAAGCGAAAAGAAAAAGGUUCGAAGCAACAAGACCCUGUCACAGGAUCAGACAUGUUGAGUAAUGGUUUCCAUGGCUACAAAGAAGGAUAUGAAAAGUUGGAAAAGAUUGGCGUUACACAGCGUAACCGGGAUUUUUUCAAUAAGAUAUUCGUUCCUGUGUUCCUGAUGGUAUCAACACCUAAUUUUGUCAUGUUGUUAUGGUACACAGCUACAAAACACAAAGGAAGUUACGGGAACAUGGUUUAUUCAAUUAGCCAGGCAUCAACGUUGGACUCUCUAAGGGAGUUGUGGGGAGAUGUUCAUAUUUGCAGCAACUUCGCUCUUUCUGUUGUGUUUGGUUAUUGCAUCUGGGCAUUAUUACUGAUGAAAUGUUUGCCAGGAAAGCUAGUCAAAGGUCCAAUUACUCCAAAAGGAAACACUCCAGUUUACAAAGAUAAUGGAUUCUCGCAUUAUGUCGUUACCAUGACUACUUUAUUUCUUUUGACCGUCAUUCUUAAGACGUAUAACUUAUCACCAUCUGUAGUUUAUGAUAACUUUGGUGACAUUCUCGGAACAUUGAAUGUUUUAAGUGCUAUAUUUUGCAUCUUUCUGUACAUCAAAGGUCUAUAUUCACCGUCUUCAACUGAUUGUGGGUCCUCUGGAAACAUUAUAUUUGACUAUUACUGGGGAACCGAACUCUAUCCUCGUGUACUUGGAUUUGACAUCAAGGUCUUCACUAACUGUAGAUUUGGAAUGACAAUUUGGGCCGUGCUUGUUUAUAUUUAUGCUUUAAAGAGCUACGAACUUCAUGGAUUUGUUGACAGUAUGAUCGUAUCAGCAAUUUUGCAAUUGGCAUAUAUCACAAAGUUCUUUUGGUGGGAAGCAGGAUAUUUGAGCACCAUAGACAUCAUGGUUGACCGCGCUGGAUAUUAUAUAUGUUGGGGAUGCUUAGUAUACGUACCUUCUUUGUAUGCCUCAGUAAGCCUCUAUCUGGUAAACAACCCCGUUUAUCUUGGUAGGUUCUGGUCGACAUUUAUUUUAACCUGUGGACUAUUGUCGAUCUCCGUGAAUUAUUUCGCAGACUGGCAGAAACAGCGCGUGCGAUCAGCAGACGGAGAUUGUCUUAUUUGGGGAAAGAAACCGAACAUCAUUAGAGCCAAGUAUACGCUUGAAGACGGACAAGAGAAGGAAAGUAUACUUCUAACCUCCGGAUGGUGGGGACUUUCUCGCCAUUUCCACUACAUACCUGAGAUUUUGUUAGCCUUGUUCUGGACAUUACCAGCAGGAUUUGAGAACUUCAUGCCAUUUUCUUACGUCAUCUUCCUCACUAUACUCCUGACGCACCGUAGCUUCCGAGACGACGACAAAUGCAGUUCCAAGUAUGGCCCCUUCUGGAUGGACUAUUGCGAGCGAGUACCACACAGAAUUGUUCCGUAUUUAUUUUAGUGUAAUGCUUUUAACUAUUAGUUAGCUUAAGGUUUUAUAACUGUUGGAAUUUGUUGUAUAAGCGAUAGAUUUUUUAAGAGAUAUUUACGAAGCUAUUCACUUUUGCCAAAAGCGUCUUGUUUAAUAUACAAGACACUUUUAUAUUUGUGCUUUGUUAUAUGUCAAGAGUUAAGUUGUGAUAUAUGGCAGCAGGAUUUUAUAUAACCAGAGAUUUUUUUCUUCCAACCUCAAUACCAAAGUCACAUUACAACGAAAUUGAAUAAUUUAAUAUAUCUAAUGGAAAUGAAACGUGAUCUGGCAUUAUACAAGUAAUUCGUUAGAUGAUUAAUCUGUGAUGAGAAAAAAACUAUGUAUCAUCAGCUAACAUUGACAGUCCAUACAUCUCUCUUCGUCUAAUCAAAUAACUGCAGAAGCGUUUUAAGAUAUAAUCAACAAAUUCAACCUUUUCUGUCAUUGACUUUGCAUUAGUGGCUAUAAACUUAAAAGUUUAAAGGAAUUUUAAUCAAAAUGGCAUAUUGUUUUAGUCAGGAAAAUAACUCGAUGCUUUUGAAAUUAGAGUAUCAAGCUUGAUUAGACCUAGUUUGAUUAGACAUAUAAACUAUUAGAAUAAUCAGCUUUAAUCAUGAAAUUGUUAAUUCACAUAAAGAUUCUGAAGUAAUUGAAGAUUUAAAGCUGGUUCAAGAAGUCGAGAUGGGAGAAAAAGCUUGCUGCUAUCUUCCUAGCGUAAACUUGUUCAUAUUUACUAUGAAAACUGAUUGUACCAUUUUAAAUAUAAAGAAAGGGCAGAGUCCGAGUCCAAACCUGUAGUUUUUUAUGUGCUUUGUAUUGCUAUGUCUUGCCAUCAGGCUAUUAGAUUGUGUUAUUAUUUAUAACGGUAUCUCAUGAGUAUGAACUUGUGAACUGUAUAUAAAUAAUGGUCAUAAUGACGACCUUCAUUCAUGUAUAUCCUUGGUAAGAAGUAGGAGAUAUUGAGAGCACAAAUUUCCACUAUUUUUUUCACAAGCUGUUCAAUACUUAUUAACAAAUGCUUAUGCAUGGCUUCAAACUGCAAUUUUGAGAUAGUUUGACAAAUUUUUAGUAUCUUUUACUACAUCUUUUUUAACAAACUCUUUUUGAAUUUUCUUUAUUAUCAGAAAUGAUUUUUUUAAUACUUUGCUGACGAAAUAAAAUCAAGAGGCUAUUCAAUGUCAUGCAAUUUUGACUUUAAGAAAAUGUCAAAUGGGAUGAUGAUUUUCCAUAGUUCAAUCUAUUUGCAAUACGUUUUAAAGGAUGAAACAUAAUCCUUAAUAUUUCAUAUUUACAACCAAGAUAUAUAUAAGUCAAAGGUCUGAUACCAUUUAGAAGGAACUUUUUUUAAAGCCCUGAUAUCCUGUAUUUUAUUGAAAUAUCCACUAAAAGCAUGUCCCCAGAGUGUUUUUGGAAAAGCAACAAUGAAACUGAAUUUUUAAGGGCCAAAAACUCUGUAAACAUCAUAUGCCAAUAACGGCCAAUGAUUGGGUUGUAUACAAAGGAGGAAAAGGGAUAAACCAAUUGUAAUCUACAUUUUUAGUGCCAUAAUUGAUUAUUGUUGUGUUCUUUAUUAUUUUUGUAUAUAUUAUUUUUGUCAAUUUUUUUAUAUUGAAAAAACCAUGUGCAUUAUAUAAAUUAAAGCAUGCACACAUCAGGUAAUUUGCGAUUUUAGGUAUUUUAAGUCUAAUCAUUGCUCAAAAUUUGUCACUGUAUGUUUGAGAUUUAAGGACACAAAUAGACCUAUGACGACAGUAUAUUCCGAGGUCUAUGCAAUUGUGAGAUUUUCUAAUGUAUUUUCAUCGUUUUAAUGUACUUGUGUAGAUCGACGUACUACAAUUCCCUGUUUUUGAAACGAAAACAUUAUCCAAGAAGAAAAAUGUUCCUUACCGAACAUACAUUUUUUAGCCCUAAUGAAAUGAAAUCGUCAGAGACAAUAAUUAAUGAAAUGUUUUAUACACUAAUAAAUGUUUCACAUACUUAUAAGUAUACUUGUGAAAUGGAAUGUAUAAAGAAUGUCGCGAAUGUAAAUAUUUAUAUAUUUAUCGAUCAAGUGUAAUGUAUUAUGUUUGCGUCUGCUUGAAAACAAGGAGAUGAUCGAAAUACUCAAAGGAAUUUUAAAAGAUAAAAGAAUCGAAUAGGAAACUCCUGUAACUGAUAUGGUCAUCAGUUUGAGACAAAUAAGGUUUAGCAACUCUAAUGAUCUGCCAUUCAGUUUUCUGUAUGAAAACAAAGGUACUUUGUUGUCUAAAUGUAACAUAUUGCAAUGAUACUUAUAUACAUUUAUACUACAAAAAAGUAUGAGAACGAUUUUACAUAACAUUUAUUAAGGUCGUACAGAAAAGUCUGGUUUAAUUUUUAGUGUGAAGAAAAAUACUCAUAACCGGAUUGCCAAAUGUUUGUAUCAAUAAAGUGUGUUGUGGUAUUCUUUGAAUAAGCUCAAUAAAGUUAAGUUUAUA